AAAAUGCGGGAGCUGCCGCAAAGGGUUUCUUCCCCCGGCGCACACUGGAAUAAGGACGAAAAGGAACCAGCUCUGCAAUGGCUGCCUUGCUGGCAGCAGGAAGGGAAGCGCGAGAGGAAAAGGCGGGCGCCUCAGGUCGCCUUAGGCCGGGCUUGCAAGGCGGAGCCGCGUCACGGCCCAGCCUCCUUCCCGGCCUCCUCAUUCACACCCUUCGGAAGAGAAGGGCGGCGAGGGGGUGUGUGUCGACUGGGCCGUGACUGGUUUCGCCUCCCGCCAGCUUGGCGGCGGAAGCGGCUGGGACGCCUCAGGAGGAGCAGAGAGCGAGAUGAGCAGGCCCUACAUUGAUGACUUUCCUGAGGACAUCUAGUGUGUGGAGCAUUGGGACUGUAAACAUGGGACAAGAUUAUGCAUUAAGAAAGGAUUUCCAUCCGCAUUGCUGACUGUGAAGUUGAAGUUACCAACUUGUAACUGUGCCAGAUCGACAAGUAUGAGUGUUCUUUGACAUGGCUUUGCAGUGCAAGAUACAGACUUUGCAAGUAGUGGAUACUGACUAUAGUGCUGAUGCCGUGGAGUGGUGCCCUGUGGAAGGCUGGGAAGCUAUCCUGGCAUGUGGCACCUACCAGCUGAAGAAACCUGAUGGCAAGAAUCCUGAUGAGAGCAACCAGCCCCAGGUCCGGUUGGGCCGCCUCUACCUGUAUCACUUCGAAGAACAGAUUUUUGCACCACUGACUGAGAUCCAGAGGCUAGAAACAGCUGCUGUGCUGGAUAUUAAAUGGUCUCAUGUUCCUAUUGCAGAACAUCCUUGGCUGGCUAUUGCAAAUGCAAAGGGAGCAGUGGAACUUCAUUGCCUUGCAGGAAGUGAGAAGAAGAGCUGCAGGCUGGAACCAUUGUGCAGUGUUGACCUAGGAGAUGAUUGCCUCGCUUUGUCUCUGGAUUGGUCUAUGGGGCGAAAGCAGGGGGGACGUCCACUGCAGUUGGUCAGCAGUGAUUCCAGAGGGAGGCUGAGCUUGCUGUCUGUCGAUGAAUCUUCCCCUUCUGUGCAGAUUCUGGAACAGUGGAAGGCACAUGACUUUGAGGCCUGGAUUGCUGCAUUUGAUUACUGGAAUACACAUGUUAUCUACUCAGGUGGAGAUGAUUCCAAACUAAAGGGCUGGGAUGUCCGUGGCAGUCUGAAAGCUCCUGUUUUCACAAGCGAGAGGCACACCAUGGGAGUAUGCAGUAUUCAGUGCCAUCCGCUCUGGGAAAAUCUGCUGGCGACUGGAAGCUAUGAUGAGCAUGUUCUUCUGUGGGACACCCGAAAUAUGAAGCAAUCAUUGGCAGAUACCCAUGUGCAGGGUGGAGUGUGGCGGCUGAAAUGGCAUCCAACAAGGGAGCACUUACUACUGGCUGCAUGUAUGCACAAUGGCUUCAAGAUCCUCGAUUGCCAAGGCGCUAUGGUUGAGAACAAAGAGAGAUGCCUUGUUCUUUCAUCCUAUGUCUUGCAUAAUUCCUUGGCUUAUGGAGCUGAUUGGUCAAGACUCACCCUGAAGGAUCCCUUGGUACUGUCUACAGAGAUGCCAAAGGUUCAUCUUGAUGAAGGAGCAGCAAGACUGGAUUUUGAAGUCCAGAAUCUGAAGAUAGUUUAUGAAUCUCCUACUGCCACCUUUGAUGUGUUGUUAGAUGAAGAUCAAAACCCUGCCUUGCCAGUCCAAGUGGAAGGAAGCUUUGACUUUCAAGGACCAGGUCCUGAUGGGAAUGGUUCAAAUACCAAAGCAUACAACAAAACUGAACUGGCCAAAGCCCAACAAGAAACCAGCCUCCUGGCAACUUGCUCCUUCUAUGACAAUGUCCUACAUGUUUGGAAAUGGGAAACUAGCCAGGCUGUCUCUUCAGCCUAGACAUAAUAUCAGUAUUCAUUUUGGAGUAAAGUUCUGACCCAAUUUCCUUUCUCCUUGGUGGACCCUUUUAGUACCAGGGAGAAAAAGCUAGAGCCAGCUGUUGAGGCAGAAUGUGUGUUGGCACCAUUGUUCUUCUUGUAUAUUUUCUUACAUCAGGUUUCUAGCUUUACUGCUGGGGUCUUAUGGCUCUGACAGCUUUGAAAACUUUUUGAACACUUACUUCAUGGUUGAUCUUUCAGCUUAGUUAUAUUACAUAAGAUUUUGGGCUCAAUGGCAUGAAUUGCAGCUGCCACUGCAGUUGAAACUGUGUCCUGAUAAGAGUGAGGACCUUAAUUAUAGCACACAUUCACAAUAAAGAUUUUGUUAUUCUACUGCAAGUAUGUUUUAUCCAUAGCAGUUCCUCCAUGAGAUAAUAUAAGGUUCUGCUGCUUCCUACACCUUCCUUGGUAUGCUGGAACACUGAGGUACAGCAAGAGAAACCAGCUUCAUUAGUCUCUUCCUUUUUGUUGGGGGAAAUUAGGUUUUCCUGAUUCUUAGCUUCAAAUAUGGUAGACAGAUAGGAAGAUUGUCUGCCAACUGUGUCAUAUGAUGGUCACUGGGUUCCAGCCAGACACCAGAAGGAGGAGAAAUCAGAUCAUCAUCUUUAUGUAGCCCCAAUCCUUUCUGUAGUCUCUGGCAUGAAGUUUGGGAUUGCUUUGAAUAUGUUGCUAAGGGUGUUAGUGAUGGGGAAUAGAGAAGCAGUUUGGCCCAUAUCUUCAGUAUGCUGGUUCAAAGUUAAACUAUCACUACAAUGAAGUUCAAGUAGUAUUGCUUCCAUAUCACAAAAUGGAAGAACACCAGCAAUAGAAAGUAUUAAUAGCAAGGGUACUUUCUUGAAACCUAAGAAAAACUAUGCUGCAAGAAUUCUUGCUGAAGGGCAAAUAUUUAUCUUGAAACACUAAGCCACAUGUUCAAAUAUGCACAUUGUGAAUAAAAAUCACAUGUUUAAAAUAUAUAUUUUGGACUUUUGAAAAUAAAAAUACACUACUUCUG